AGUCGAACGAGAUCAGAGUUCGAGGAAGCAAGUGCCGACGACGCAGCCGCAUUGACUGUCGAAUAUUACGUACGCAUGUGUGUGUAGUCACCGCCACCAUUUUCCUUUGUGCAAUCAAAAUUUUUCGUGAAUCCAAAAUUUCGGCCGUCGGAUUUCCACAUUUUUUUAAAAAUUGCCAACAGUUUUGAACGUCAGACAGUUUCCAGUUAGUAGGUCCUUUAAUCAGCAUGAGCCCAUUUGAUAGACCAUCAAUUAUUACAUAUUGAUUAUAUAGGCUUUGAUUAUUGUUGUGAAUUAACUGGCCAAAUUGACAUUCGACCGAGAUUGUUAUCUAACGGCUGUGUCUGUCCGGAGCCUUAACCCCGACAUUUUGACACGACAGACAUUGACGUCAACAAGGAUGGAUACGUGCUCCUAUCAGCAUCCAUCGGAUGCCGAACUGGCGUCGGUCAUCAAAAUGAAGAUGAGUUUGCCGGUGAUUUCGUCGGCCGCCGGUUCAUCGUCGCUGCACCAUCACCACAGCAGCAGCAGCAGCCGGGCUACGUCCAUUAUGCAACUGGCUCAGCAGCAUUUACCCAAGUCGGAUAUUGGCAAUGCCGUUGCCAAGGUUUUGCAGGGCUACGACUGGAGCCUCGUCCCGCUGGCCAGCAGGUCUAACCCGGAAAAGAGGGACACUCACGUCAAGCGACCCAUGAACGCGUUCAUGGUCUGGGCUCAAGAAGCUCGCCGGCAAUUAGCCGACCAGUACCCGCAGUUGCACAACGCCGAGUUGAGCAAAACCCUCGGCCGACUAUGGAGGGUGUUGAGUGACGACGACAAGAGACCGUUUGUUAAACAGGCCGAGCGGCUACGGGAGCUUCACAAGCAAGAGCACCCCGAUUACAAAUAUCAGCCGCGGCGACGCAAAAUUGCCGGCGCCAAAUCGUCGCAAAUGCCUUUACCCCCGUCGAGCAGCGCCGCCAGCUCCGUGGUCAACGCUGCGACAAAAACACGCUUGAAGAAUCAUCACCAUUCUUCAACAAGGAUUCAAAAAGAGCGCGAUUCAUCUCGUACCGGACCCAAGCCUAGCGGUAGUAAAUUAAGGAGCCACUCCCGCUCAGUGAUGAAGGGGACGGCCUCGCCUACAACUCCAACGUCGUCAUCGAACCGAAAUACUGGAAUCGAAGCGAACAGUCAUAAAAUUAGCGCUAAUCACGCAACUGUUUCGUCACAAUCGCCAUCGACUGCGACAUUAGAUCGCCGGGUUCCUUUGACCGACGGCCUCGUCGAACACCCUCACAUGCUAAACAGUCGUGGAGUGACAUCAGAGACGGGUUGCAAAAGUUAUUCCAAUGUUAACGGUGCCGACAUGUUGUGCAACGAAGUCUCGGCGCCUGCUGCCGAUCAAGAAGAAUACAACCUCUACUUUCAACACGAUGCCUCAGCUCUUGCAGGCGUGCCUUCGGGAAUUGAGACCGGAGCGUUCAACAACCACGUACCCGUCUCGACCACCUACUCUCAUUCCAGCUACCCUUCCACCAUCCCCGUCUCCGUCGCCUCUAACAAUUGCAUGUACGAGCAACACGCUUACCUGGAUCAUCAAAACGGAGGAGUUUACCUGCCGUGGUCUCACACGCCAAACAACGUGGGGGCCUUGCUCCAGCGGACUUACCACUACGGCAAUUCCAGCAUCAACGGUUACGGGCCUCCGCAGCAGCAACAGCAGCAGCAGCAACCGACGUCACCCGAAGAUCGAAGCGAUUCCGCCCAAUCUUACGUCUCAUCUCCUCCGAGCUGCACGUCGUUGCAUUCGCCGGUCCCGUCGCCAGCCGCAGUCGCUGCUGUGGCCAGCACGAAUUUCACCUACAGUAGCUGCAGCAGCAGCCGCAGCAACAGCAACUGCAACAGUCCCGCUGGCCAACAGGCUCAACAUCAGUCCAGCAGCUACCAGGAGCUUUACUCACCGCGUUCUCAAUCUGUUGGCGGAACGAUGAGUGUCUCGCAACAACAGCUGGAACAUCCUGGAACGACAAGAAGUGCGACGGCCGUCGACGCCAAUUCUGCUCACUAUUUUUACGGCCACAACUCGCCGGUAGCGGGAAAUUCGGUCGCCCCUAACGUUGUGGACGGCUAUCAGCAACAUCAGACUUACUUACCCUCGGUGCCGACGACAUCUUCGGCGACAAAGACCAGCGGAGCGACGACAACCAGCAUAUUUUCAGGUGGCAUGGAAUCGUGGCUUAGCUACAUCUAACCAAAAAAACAUAUUCGAAACUGUAAAGAAAAAACAAAAUAAUCGGACUCGCCAACCAAAUGAAAAAUUGCGUUUAUCGCUUAUUUUAAAAAAAUUAGAAAAAACAAAAAACAUUUAUACUAUUCUCCCCAAAAUUAAUCCAAAUAUAUCAAUUGUAACGUACAAGCUGUUUUAAAAAUAGGGGUACAAAUACAGCGAGUACGUUUAAUUUUUUUUAUUUUUACAUUCGACAUUUGUGUGCACACGCUUUGUAAAGGAGAAAGUCUUUCUUAUAUUUCGAAACCGGAAAAAUGACCGAUCGAAGCCAACUUACGUAAUCUUUCAAAAAUUGGGUUAUCGCAAUUACAAGGCUGAUUCUCAGCUAGAGAAAUGCAUAAUUGCAUAUCUAUGUGUAUAUAGGAAAAAAAAACGAGCUGGCAGUAAAUUUAUUGAAUUCCCAAAGAUAUUUUAUCAUUAUUAAUACAAAUAGAUCGAGCCCUUCUUCCUUUUUUUAAAUUAUUUUAUUCUUUUAAAAAACGGUCUACUAGAUGAAAUCUGGUUUAACACGAUUGUUGAGUGUUUCCUACCUCAUCUUUACAAUGAAAAAGAUUUGUUAGUUUUGACAAGUAUUGCCGUUCAAAGAAUACUGUAAGCCUCUCUGAAGUCCUUUUCGUAGGUUCGUGUGUUUUAUUGGGCCCAAUUUCAGAAUCAAGAAAAUUGUUCGUAAUCUUUACAGACGGACAAAGCUCUGCCACCUGAAAAGUGGCUGUACUUUUCUAUGCUGCGCUAUUAAAUCCCAUUCAGCUCACAUCGAUUCAGUUACAUGUCUGAAUUUCAAAUAUUUAGUUAAACCAUGUUUUUGUAAACGUCAGGCAAAGCAUAAGUAACUGGAAAAGAAUAAGUUUAUAGACAUCAAACGUUGCUUAAUUAAUAAAAUUUUUAUACUACGAAAGUUUUUCUUUUACCUUCUUCAUCUACCAAACCAUAAAAAGAAAAAAAAAUCUAAGCCCUAUUAUAGCGCAGUGCCGAACUCAGUCGAAUUCAUCGAGCCCAUAACAAUAGCUGACAAUAGUUACGCCCUUUGAUAAUACUCCAAGCCCAAUAAAUCAAUAAUGAUAUUGAAAGGUACUACCUGGUUGCCGCACUAAUACUUUACGAUUGAAAACUAAAAUUGUAUUUGCUGGAUUCUAGCCAAAAGGUUCGGGUUUCAAUAAAUGAUGUUUUUUCAAAAAUUCGUUUUCGGUAAAUACUCUGGGAGCGACCGUAAAUGAGGUAACACACUGAGUGAGAGCGAAAGUCUGCUCAAAUCAUCGUGAAACGUCAUUUUCGGUACUGUGUUCUCUUAUUUCUUUUUUGUCUAUUUUGGUUUUGUAUAGCAUACCAUCAGAAGGCUAAAUAAAGUUUCUCUUAUACCAAGAAGAGCCUGAAAGCUCCUCUACGCCUUAAUAAAGAAAAGUUGAAAUGCAUUGCAAACAUGAUUAUUGGUCAGUUUUCUUUAGUGACAAAAAUCCGCUUCUAUGUAUUUUUUAUCCCCCCCCCCCUCCAUGAACAAAAACUAAAUAUACGAAGAAUUCUUCCCUAUUAUUUUGUUUCCAAAAACCCACGUUUAAAUUAGUCGGUUCACUGUAUCUCUGAAAUCUUAGUUUGGACUUUGGAUGACGGCUAAAAAUACAAACGAUUUGUUUUCAAUUUUGCCCGUCGUAAAAAAAUCUGUUUGAUAUGUAAGAGUUAUGUAACCCUUGAAAUGUAUCUG